AUGGAGUCUAAGCCUUCAAGGAUCCCAAGAAGAAUUUCUGUUCAACCCUCUAGCUCUUUAAGUGCUAGGAUGAUGUCUGGAAGCAGAGGAAGUAGCUUAAAUGAUACCUAUCACUCAAGAGACUCUUCAUUUAGACUGGAUUCUGAAUAUCAGUCUACAUCAGCAUCUGCGUCACCAUUUCAGUCUACAUGGUAUAGUGAAUCUGAGAUCACUCAGGGAGCACGCUCAAGAUCACAAAACCAGCAACGGGAUCAUGAUUCAAAAAGACCUAAACUGUCUUGUACAAACUAUACAUCUACCUCAGCUGGGAGAAAUGUUGGAAAUGGUUUAAAUGCAGUAUCAGAUUCUUCUUGGAGACAUAGUCAAGUUCCCAGAUCUUCAUCAAUGGUACUUGGGUCAUUUGGAACUGACUUAAUUAGAGAGAGAAGAGAUUUGGAGAGAAGAUCAGAUACCUCCAUUAAUAAUCUUAUGGAUUAUAGUCACAGAAGUGGUGAUUUCACAACUUCAUCAUAUGUUCAAGACCGAGUUCAUUCUUCAUAUUCACAGGGAGCAAGACCAAAAGAGAACUCAGUGAGCACUUUACAAUUGAAUACAUCAUCCACAAACCACCAGUUGCCUUCUGAACAUCAGUCCCUACCAUGUUCUAGGGAUUCCAGCAGAAAUUCUUUAAGAUCAAACUUUUCUCAAAGAGAAUUGGAAUCUCCCCGAAGCAGUACACAGUCUGGAUUUUCCUAUAUUUCAAAUAGAGAUGAUACCCCAACCAUAGGCAGUUCAGAAAGAGUUGCUUCAUCUCAAAGAUCAUUUCAAGAAUCUUCUGACAAUGAAGGAAGGCGUACAACCAGGAGGUUACUGUCACGUAUAGCUUCUAGUAUGUCAUCUACCUUUUUUUCACGAAGGUCUAAUCAGGAUUCCUUGAAUACAAGAUCACUGAGUUCUGAAAAUUCUUACAUUUCUCCUAGAGUCGUGACACCUUCACAGUCUCGUAGUAAUGCAGCGUCCACUUCUGAAGUUUCAGAUAAUAGACCAUCUGAAACACCUCAGGGAUUUCGAUUUCUUAGGCGAAGAUGGGGUUUGUCAUCUCUUGGCCAAAAUCAUAGCUCCGAGCCAGAUUCAGAAAAUUUUAAUCAAGAAUCUGAAGGUAGAAAUACAGGACCAUGGUUAUCUUCCUCACUUAGAAAUAGAUGCACACCUUUGUUCUCUAGAAGGAGGCGAGAAGGAAGAGAUGAACCAUCAAGGAUCCCUACCUCCGAUAUACCACCUAGAUCUCACCAUGUUUUUAGAAGAGAAGCUAAUGAAGUAGUUCAUCUUGAAGCACCGAAUGAUCCCCUUGGGGCUGCUGCCAACAGACCACAAGUGUCUGCAGCAUCAGGCAGUGCUGCGACAGGUGGCUUUCCAUCAGAUUCAGCUCACAGUGGAAGAAAUACAGGAAUAACUGGGAUUCUUCCUGGUUCCUUGUUCCGUUUUGCAGUCCCCCCAGCACUUGGAAGUCAUAUGACUGAUAAUGUCAUGAUCACUGUAGAUAUUAUUCCUUCAGGUUGGAAUUCAUCUGAUGGAAAAUGUGAUAAAACUAAAAGUGCACCUUCAAGAGAUCCAGAAAGACUGCAGAAAAUAAAAGAGAGCCUCCUCCUUGAAGAUUCUGAAGAAGAAGAAGGUGAUUUAUGUAGAAUUUGUCAAAUGGCAGCUGCAUCAUCGUCUAACUUGCUGAUAGAGCCAUGCAAAUGCACAGGUAGUUUGCAGUAUGUCCACCAAGAGUGCAUGAAAAAGUGGUUACAGGCCAAAAUUAACUCUGGUUCUUCAUUAGAGGCUGUAACCACCUGUGAACUUUGUAAAGAGAAGUUGCAGCUUAACUUGGAGGAUUUUGAUAUUCACGAACUACAUAGAGCUCAUGCAAAUGAACAAGCUGAAUAUGAGUUUAUCAGCUCUGGUCUCUACCUAGUUGUAUUAUUGCACUUGUGUGAACAAAGCUUUUCUGAUAUGAUGGGAAAUACAAAUGAACCAAGCACACGUGUCCGUUUUAUUAACCUUGCAAGAACUCUUCAGGCACAUAUGGAAGAUCUCGAAACUUCAGAGGAUGAUUCAGAAGAAGAUGGAGACCAUAACAGAACAUUUGAUAUUGCCUAACUUCUUAUAAGACAAAUGGAUUAUCUGUGAACAAGUGUUUAUUAAAAUUGGCAAUUAAGUAUCAAUUUUGUGGAGGAAUGCCUACUAAAAUAUCUAUAUAUAAAAUGAAUAUAUAUAUACACAUGUAUGCAUGUAUAUAUAUAUUCACUCUCAAGUGUUGCUGAAUUAAAAUUUUACUGCUGGACCUUUUAACAUGGCCAGUGAAUCUGAUGUUUUAUAAACUGGUAAUCAAAGUGUUUUUCUUUUAGGUGAGUGGGAAAGUGUUACCCUUGUUUUAAAUAUCUAAGCAGUGCCCACCUCCAACUCUCAAAAUUUUGUGUUCUGAUUACUGUAGUUAUAUUUAUGAAAAAAGUUCGUGUUUUACUCUUGCUAGUGAAAAAAGUCGGGCAAAAUAUGUUUUCAAAGUAAGCUGCCAAAUGGCAUCUAUUAUUAUUUCCUAUUAUUUUGCUUUAAGUUGCAGUCUCAUUUUGCUAAUCAUUUGCUUCCAGUGUUUAAGAAAAUUGAAUGGGGAGAAGGUUCUAAAGAACAUUGUAUUAGGUUCCCAAAUUUAAUUUGAAGUGUAAAUUCACCUAGCAAUAAAAUCUAAUUUUUAACUAGGUAUAUAAAUAGAAAAUAUGUAAAAGAUAAUUUUUUUCCCUUUUUUGGUUGAUUUUCAAAAUGCAGAUUAUAUUUGAUUAGGCCAUAGUAUUAGCUAAUCUUUUAGGAAUACUGCAGCUAUAAAUUAUACAGAAUUGCCAGCAAAAUGCUAUUUGGUUAAAAAAAAUUAUUGCAAUCUCAAAGUAAAGGAAUAUUUUAAAAUCCCACAUUUGAAGUUUCAAACACUGGUUUUCAAUGUGUUUUUUUAGUGCUGUCAUUUCUUUAUGGAUAAAUACGAUAUAAAUAAACUGUUUGAAUCUUGGUUGUUUUAAACUAUUCUUUGGUAAGUCUGAGCAUUUAUUUAAUGGUCUAUUAAUAUUUUUCACUACCUUUGGAGAGCAAAUGAACAUUAUACCUACUCACCAUGAAUAAGUCUAAACUGUGGUCAUGAGUUUUGUAUACUUCCAUGACACUGUAUUUUCUUCUGUCAGCACCCAUAAAAACCAUCUCCAGGUGGUUUCAGGUUAUAUUCUGUGUUAUCACAACAAACUGCUUUCUCAGAAGUUAAAUAAAACUAGGUAUGUACUUUCUCAAAUAUGAAUGAUCCGUUAGCCCAAUUUUACAUCCUUUUGUUGGUAUUAUGAAAAACAGCUCAGGAUAAAGCACAUACUGAUUGGUUUAUGUUA